AUGUCUUCUGUAACCAGAAUGAUGAGCAUGGUACUCUCUCUUCAAAUCAUUACAGCUUUUUUCUUUAUUACAGCCACUGUCUCGUCAUCAGACUCAUCACAACCCGGUGGAUUCACCAUGGACCUAAUCCAACAUCGCUCUAAAUCUAAUUCAUCUUCUUUCCGGCGCUCUAAUAUUGAUAAUCAACUCCGAGCAACUCCUUACGCCGACGUCGCCUUUGAUACCUACGAGUAUCUUAUGAAACUCCAAAUCGGUACACCUCCUGUCGAGAUCGAAGCAAUCUUAGACACAGGAAGCGAAGUGGUAUGGACACAAUGUUUGCCUUGUAUUAACUGCUUCAACCAAAGCAGUCCAAUAUUCGACCCUUCUAAGUCCUCGACCUACAAAAAGAUAAGAUGCACUACACCUGACCAGUCUUGUGACUAUGAUGUGGUCUACGGAGACAAGAGCUAUUCCAUAGGAAGCUUCGUAUCGGAGACUGUCAGCAUCAAAUCCACUUCUGGCCAAUCCUAUGUAAUGCCUGAAACCAUUAUUGGAUGUUCACACAACAACUCAGCGUUUAAAACAAGCGGUUCGGGCAUUGUUGGUCUAAAUUGGAAGCCUCUAUCACUCAUCUCUCAGAUGGGCAAACACAUGUUAGGUGCUAUUUCUUACUGCUUCUCCCCUGAGGGAACUAGUAACAUCAACUUUGGAAGUAAUGCUAUUGUGUCGGGAGAAGGGACUGUAACAACCCCUAUGUUUAAGAAGAAGGAGGGACCCGGUCUCUAUUACCUAAACCUAGACGCGGUCAGCGUUGAAAAAACUCGCAUUGAAACACUGGGGACACCGUUUCACGCCUCAGACGGGAACAUAGUCAUAGAUUCUGGAUCAACUUUAACCACCUUGCCCGCUAGCUACUGUAGCCUAGUGAGGGAGGCAGUGGAAAAGUUUGUUGAAGCGGAACGUGUAACUUCCAAGGACGGCACGCUUUGCUACAAAACGAACACGAUGGAUGUCUUUCCAGUGAUCACAAUGCAUUUCACUGGAGGUGCAGAUCUUGUUUUGGGUAAAACCAAUACGUAUAUGGCUGUUAAUGGAGGAGACAUUUGUCUGGCUAUUAUUUGUGGUCCGACGAUACCAUUACCAGGUGGUGUAGAUGCUAUUUUUGGUAACAGAGCGCAGAACAACUUCUUGGUUGGUUAUGAUGAUUCUUCAAGACUCUUUUCUUUUAAACCCACCGAUUGUGGAGUUAAACAAGACAUACCAAGAGACUCAGUUUCUGCAGCAUCCUUUUUACAGUUUAACAUUACGUUUGUUUUAUUUAUAUAUGUCCUUUCACUGAUCAGACUAUAG